GGCAGAAGCCAGCGGAAUUACUGAGGGUGCCUUGAAGGGAGGUGGCGCCCCUUUAGUACAGAACAAGGUCCUGGAACUCCCAGUGUCUGCCCUCCGCCCCGGGAAGGAGCGAGCUACAACCGGGUCCUGGAACUACCACUCCCAGCAUGCCCCGCGCCAGAUGGACGGUUUGUGCUUCGCCGGCCACCCCGGGGGCCGAUGGGAGUUGUAGUUCCUUGUUCAGAGAAUUCAAUGAAUGCCCUGGGCUAGGAGUGGGGGGCUAGGGCGCCUGGGUGUCUCUGCAGAAAGGACCGUAGGACGCCGCCGCCGCAAUGUUCCCGGAGCCCCCAACCCCGGGGCCUCCAGUUGCCGACGCGCCUCCUGACUCCAGCCGCAUCAGCCACGGCCCUGUGCCCCCCUGGGCCCUGGCCACAAUCGUACUGGUCUCAGGCCUCCUCAUCUUCAGCUGCUGCUUCUGUCUCUACCGGAGGCGUUGUCGGAGGCGGACGGGCAAGAAGAGCCAGGCCCAAGCCCAGGUCCACCUGCAGGAAGUGAAGGAGCUGGGCCGGAGUUAUAUAGACAAGGUGCAGCCAGAAGUGGAGGAGCUGGAUCCAGCACCACAGGGACCAGGACAGCAGGUGGCAGAGAAGCAUGAACUAGGACGGCUGCAGUACUCACUGGAUUAUGAUUUUCAGAGUGGCCAGCUGCUGGUGGGCAUCCUGCAGGCUGAGGGGUUGGCUGCCUUGGACUUGGGUGGCUCCUCAGACCCCUAUGUGCGGGUCUACCUGCUGCCAGACAAACGGAGGCGGUAUGAGACCAAGGUGCAUCGGCAGACACUGAAUCCACACUUCGGGGAGAACUUUGCCUUCAAGGUCCCCUACGUGGAGCUGGGGGGCAGAGUGCUGGUCAUGGCUGUAUACGACUUUGAUCGCUUCUCCCGCAACGAUGCCAUCGGGGAGGUGCGGGUCCCCAUGAGCUCGGUGGACUUGGGGCGGCCCGUACUGGCCUGGCGGGAGCUGCAAGCGGCUCCGCGGGAGGAGCAAGAGAAACUAGGAGACAUCUGCUUCUCCCUCCGCUAUGUCCCCACGGCAGGGAAGCUUACAGUCAUCGUCCUGGAGGCUAAAAACCUAAAGAAGAUGGACGUAGGGGGAUUGUCAGAUCCCUAUGUCAAGGUCCACCUACUCCAGGGAGGCAAAAAGGUGCGGAAAAAGAAAACCACCAUCAAGAAGAACACCCUGAACCCCUAUUACAACGAGGCGUUCAGCUUUGAGGUGCCUUGUGACCAGGUCCAGAAGGUACAGGUGGAGCUGACGGUGCUGGACUACGACAAGCUGGGCAAGAACGAGGCCAUUGGAAGGGUGGCAGUGGGGGCGGCAGCCGGUGGGGCUGGCCUGCGGCAUUGGGCAGACAUGCUGGCCAACCCCCGGCGGCCCAUUGCUCAGUGGCACUCGCUGAGGCCCCCUGAUCGAGUGAGGCUUCCCCCUGUGCCCUGA